AUGGCUGCAAAUGAUCCCAAUAUUCCUAAGGAGGAAAUCCUAGAUGAAGAUGAGUACCCCCAGAGCCCUGGAAAGCAGCCUAUGUUGGCAGAAGCUAAAAAAUGCAACGAAGAGCUAGCUAGACUAGUUGCUGAAGCGCAGGCAGCUCAGGCCCCGCCUCUGCAAAAUUCCCAGGCUACGCCUCCGCGGGACGUUCACGUCCCACCUCGUAGGCCUUGGGGACGGCCACGUAAAAAUGCAGCCACCAGAAGAGCGGAGCAACCUUCGCCACCAGCAGAGCAACCUGUCCAACCAAGACCUUGGAGAGGUAACCAGGCUGAAGGUGCUGCCAACCCAACUGUAGAGGCACCAGCAGGAAUAGGGAAUAACCAAGCCCCCUCAAAGGCUAGGACCCAAAAUCCUGGUGCCACGCAGAAUGUGCCAGAACCUGAUCGAGCAAAUUCAGGGCCUUCUAGGCCCUAUAAUGGACGACAGCCACCUUCUCCAAUUAGGCACCCACCAUCGCCAAUAAGGCACCCCUCGCCAGUUCAGAGGGAUGCGCAACAGGCCCAUCGUGAUAGGGAAAGGCGAGCUGGGCGAAGACAUGGGAAUGAAGAAACUGCUAGGGAGCGUAGGGGUCCCCAUCCCACGAGGAGCCAAGUGUCUCGAUCUCAUACUAUUGAGACAAGGAGACCAGUAGGAAACCCAUCUCGUAAUAAUCAUGCAACGAGCCAUGUCAGCGAAAGAUCGGGUGACACUAGAUCCGUGAGUAUAUAG